AUGGAUGCAGCAGCAGCGCUCUCCCUCUACCAACCCCUCCUACUCGACAAAGUCGCCGGCCUCGUUUUCAUCCAGAGUCCCUACGGGGGGAGCCCUGUGGCUUCGGAUUUGCUUCGGGAAGGGCAGUGGGGUGACGUGGCGUCUCGCACGAUCCUCGGGAUUCUCAUGGAUAAGAUUUUCGGCGGGGAUAUCCGGUGCUUGGACGAUUUAACCCACGCGAAACGACGGGAUUUUCUCGCGAAGCACCCGUUUCCGGUGGGGGAAAUUCCGAGUUUGUCCUUUCAUACGGAGGCGAGUAAGGCAGCAGCGGUGGUGGCGUCGCUGUCAACUGUGGCACAUACAGAAGUGCCGUGGCUGGCCCAGCAGAAUGCAAAGCUGGCCGUUGGAUUCCCGCUGUCGGCUGGGCUUGCGAUCAUGGCCGUUCAUCUGGAGUACAGGUACGGAGCCCCUAGCGACGGGCUGGUAACAAGGGCAGAUGCAGAGGUGCCAGGGUCAGUGGUGGUGCGGAGCAGACGGAAAUUGGACCAUGCCUUUAUGGUGUUUCCUCCCACCAGUGGAGUGGGGGGAGGUGGAGGGGGAGGUGGAGGGGGGAUUGGCGGAGGGGGGAGUGGGGGCAAGGGGAGCGGGGGAGGAGGGAGUGAGGGAGGGAGGAGUGGGGAGGGGGAAGUUGGGUCGGCAUGUGUGCAUGAGGCGAGUGCUGCUGAGAUUUGUGAGGCCCUGGCAACCACGCUGCUGGCAACACUGCAGAUGCGGCCAAAAGAGGCCACCCCCUGA